GUUACCAGCGGCCACUGCAGAUGCACAAACUGAAGCUAUUCUCCUGCCAUCCUACAGAGAUUUAUACCCUCCUUUCAUUUGUCAAGUCCCUAAACUAUUCAAUUAAAAAGUGGCAGGCUGCUGCUAGUGGGUCCCCAGCCAUGGCUGGUGGAUUGUUUGCCAUUGAACGGGAUUUCUUCUUUGAAUUGGGUCUCUAUGAUCCGGGUCUUCAGAUUUGGGGUGGUGAAAACUUUGAGAUUUCUUACAAGAUAUGGCAGUGUGGUGGCAAAUUGUUGUUUGUCCCUUGUUCUCGAGUUGGACAUAUAUAUCGUCUUUCGGGUUGGCAAGGAAAUCCACCACCAAUUUAUUUAGGAUCGUCUCCAACGUUAAAGAACUACAUUAGAGUUGUGGAGGUUUGGUGGGAUAGCUACAAAGACUAUUUCUAUGCCAGUCGCCCUGAAUCAAAAGCACUACCCUAUGGGGAUAUAUCUGAACUGAAAAAAUUUCGGGAAGAUCACAACUGCAAAAGUUUUAAGUGGUUCAUGGAAGAAAUAGCUUAUGAUAUCAUCUCACACUAUCCCUUACCGCCCAAGAAUGUUGAAUGGGGAGAGAUCAGAGGUGUUGAAACUGCACAUUGCAUUGAUAGCAUGGGGCAUGCAAAUGGUGGCUUUGUGGAACUGGGACCUUGUCAUCGGAUGGGAGGAAAUCAGCUUUUCAGAAUCAAUGAAGCAAAUCAACUCAUGCAGUAUGACCAAUGUUUGACAAAGGGACCUGAUGGAUCAAAAAUCAUGAUUACACAUUGUAGUCUAAAUGAAUACAAUGAAUGGCAGUACUUCAAG